AUGAAUUAAGUUUUAAUUCUCUAAAUAAUCGAGGUGCUUGAACAAUGUCAUAAGGAUAAAUCAAUAAAGACUAGAGAAUGUUGCAUCGAAAUAAUUAAGGAAUUAUUGCAAAAGAUCAGUAUUAUCGAAUGAUCUAAUGUAGCAUCUGAAUUGAAUCAGGAAGACCUAAUCGCAUUCGAGAAGCAUUUCAACUUAGUAACCAGUCUAAAUGAACUUGAUUACAUAAAUGAUGAAGAUGUGUUUUUAAAAUCAAUAGCUAGAGUAAGGAGUUGUUUGUGA